AUGCCGAAAAGGAAACACUCCGAGCUCGAAAAUGAUCGCACCAACACAGGCCAGGACGACAGGGUAAACGAAGUCAAAGCCACCCGACUGCGUCAUAAGUUUGAACGAGGCGCACAAUUGCUCUUCCGAGCCCUGAAGACGGCGCGUGGAUUCGAGAGGCAGAAGCUGGGCAGACGACAGAAGACAGCAAAGCAGGAGAAUGAUGGCAAGACCCUGGAGCGUUUGGAAAAGGAGGUGCAAGUCCUGAAGGCCCUCGACUUGGAAGAAACAGCAGAACGAUAUUUGCACAAGCAAUUGAUCAAGGCAAAACGCAUCUCUGAUUCCCCCGAAUUCGCCCGCUUGGAAAAGUCCCUAACAGCCGCUACUUCUGCAACUGGCCCGCGCGAUCCUGCUGAAGCCAAUGUUACAGCGAGAUUGUUCAAAUCGAACCCUGUCCAGAACGCGUUGCCUGAUAUUCUGACUGAUAUUCGGACCUUACUGGGCAUCAACGAAAUAGUGAAGAAACAACAGAAACAGGCCGCUGCGGGGGAGCAAAAAUUAGCGAAGAAACCGGACGAGCAUACGAAACCUAUAACCUCGGAUAGUGUCCACGCAGAUAACGACACGAGUAUGAAUGAUGCUUCAGACGACGAUGAUGGCAUUGAUUACGCUCAAUUCGACUCUCGCCUAGCGCCCACAUCAGAUGCAUCCGACUCAGAAGAAGCCUCCGCAUCAGAGCAUGAAUCCAAGCCCCAAUACAACCUCGCAGACGACAUCUCCAUAUCCUCCGCAGCCUCAGAAUCCAGCUAUUUAUCCGAACCAUCGCCACCACCAAAAUCCGAGCUCAAAAGUCGAACCAAAAAGGGCAAGAAUGAUGACCUCGACAAGCCUCCCAAGGAUACCACUUUCCUCCCCUCCCUGAUGAUGGGUGGAUACUGGUCUGGCUCCGAGUCCGGGGACGACAACGACGACGAUGCUGCAGCAGCUAGACCACAGCGCAAAAACCGAAUGGGCCAGCAAGCUCGACGGGCUCUCUGGGAGAAGAAAUUUGGGACAAAAGCUAAUCAUCUGCAAAAAGAAGCUGAGAAGAGGAAGAAUAAGAAUAGCGGGUGGGAUAUGCGUCGGGGCGCGACGGAUGAUAAUGAUGCCAACAACAAUGCACGAUGGGCUAAGCAACGCGAUGGGCAGUCUCAAGGUUUUGCAAGAAGAAGGGGGGAUUAUAGUAGAGACAACGGCCAUAGAAAGGAUGCGAAUGCAGCAGCUGGUGGUCCGCGGUCCAAUAAGACAAGUGCGGCGUCUACCUCUCUGCAUCCUUCGUGGGAAGCAGCUAGGAAGGCCAAGGAGCAGAAAUCCCAGGCCUCGUUCGAGGGGAAGAAGAUCGUUUUCGAUUAG